AUGGGGCCAAAACGAACGGAGAGGAAGAUUGUGAAUUUGGAUGAUCACAUUGCAUUGGCCUGUGCUGGGCUCAAAGCUGAUGCUCGUGCCUUGAUAAACAAGAAGUAUACACAAAGUGGUGGUGUUAGACCGUUUGGGCUUUCAACUUUGAUUAUUGGUUUUGACCCAUACACAGGUGCGCCGGCACUAUAUCAGACAGAUCCUUUUGGGACAUUUUCAGCCUGGAAAGCAAAUGCCACUGGAAGAAACUCUAACUCAUUACGUGAGUUUCUUGAGAAAAACUACAAGGAGACAGCUGGGCAAGAAACCGUCAAGCUCGCCAUUCGUGCUUUGCUUGAGGUGUUAGUUUUUUGGUGUUCUACCUCUGUAAUUGACUUGGUUAAUCAUUAUAGAUCAUCUUUGUUUGUUGGUUUAAUGGUAUUGGUUUGCCACUAUUGUUUUGAUAAAGCCUUUGACAAGUUCUAUGACAUGUACAAUGCAACUUGGAAAGGUUAUGGGUUGUAG